AGUUAUGGUGGAAGCGCAACAAGUGUUUUCGAUUUAAUUGUUUAAAAGACGCAUGUGUGCUUGUUGAAUAUCGCGAAUUUACUGUUUUUCUUAUUUUUAGUUUGUAAGUGUUUGUGUAAAUAUUAAUUCAUGUUUUCCCUGCCCAAAAUCUAUAUGAAAAACUCCGCGAAAGUUUUAGAGUUCAGGGCUUGGUGCUAUCCAUUAAUGCCACAAUCAUUUUCCACGGAAUAAAAUGAAGAAAAGGCCACAGCAAUGUCAAAGGCAAGGUAAAUCAAAUACUAAUAUUAAAAGUUUUAUAAAUAAUCUUAAAGAGAAUGAUCUUCAUUUUGAGGACAAUCAGAUAACUCAAUGUGUGUUCUUGGGGGUUUUAAGGCUGAAACCAGUGCCUUCUGUAUUUUCUAGCAAUAACGUGCCUUGUUUAGUAGUAGAAAAUAAAUCUAAAAAGCUUAAAAACAAUAAUAAUACUAAGGAGGUUAACAAAAACGUAUCCAGAAAAAAAGAUAUAAAUAAGGUCAUAAGUGGUAGAAUAGGUAAAAAAAAUACAGAUAAAAUUAGAGCUUCCGUUAAAAAAGAACCUUUAAAGAAAGCUGCUAUUAAAUUAAAGUUCAGUAUGAAUAAUAAAGAUACUACUUCCAAAGACUCACUGGAGUCAGUUAGGAUUUUACCAGAAUCUCUAACCAAAAUAACUUCUGAAUCAGUACUUACAAACAGAACAAUAACUUUAAACCCUAUAACAAAUGUACCAACUUUUAAUCCUGUUCAGAAUUUAUUUGAUAAGCUCAAGCAACAAAUGGAUGAUAGUUUUAAUCGUCCCAGUUGUAGUAGCGAGGUUAAUAAACAAACAUUAUUUUCCGAUAAAUCUAAUACAGAUAUCCAUCUGUCUUCCAAAAAACAAAAGAAAGGUAUUAACAAGAGGGAUGUACCAAAAAUUUCUUCUGUUAGUACGUUUUCUGAUAAUGGUUAUCAUCCUAAUAGCAGUCUUAAUUCUAAAUUAACUCAGGAUAUAUUUUUACUUAAUGAAGAUAAUGCCACUGAGGACUGUGAGGUAUUGCUAAAUACUGGACCAAUGCCCAAUUUUGUUUUGGAUACUAGUACACAAAAAAUUGAUAAUGAUGUUAUACUAAUUACUGAUGAUAAUUCUGAUAUAUCUUCUGCUAGCAAAGAAUUAAUUGUUGUAGAUGAUGUUAAAUGUGUUAGAUCAUCACCUAGAUUAAACAGAAACGAGCAGAGGAAUAGUCAACAAAAGAUUACUGCUAUACCUGAAACUAUUAUAAAUUUAGAUGAUGGUGAGUCAAGUGAUAAAGAAAAAAUGGCUCCAAAAAUCAAUGUAGAGAAGCCAAAAAAACGACGUACACUAAUGCCUUCAGCAAUUCCUUCUAUAUUUUUCAAUACUCCUAGAUUAUUAAGAUCAGAACUUGGUCAAAAGAAAGGUUCUUUUUCUGAAACAAAGACUGUUGCAAAAAAUUCAACAACAAAAAUACAAAAACCAGAAAACAAAUUAGACAAAUUACCAGUAAAACAAAGAAAAGAUCCGAAGUCGAAAAACAGUACAGAAAACAUUAUUUAUGAGGUAGUCAAAUCUACCGAAAAUGUAAGGUUUUUUGCUGAUGUUGUUGCUAACUCUCAGGAUGAUAUUGUAUUAAUAGAGAGUUCUCCACCAAAAGUUGAACCAUUAAUCUUGAAAUUGAAAAAAUCAACAGAAAAAACUGCUGAUCAAAAUGCUAUUGAAGAUAUAAGAAACAAAGAGAAAUCACAAAAAAUGUAUACCAAAAAUGUCACAAGAAAUCUCUUUUUCCCAAGAUUAUUGAGAUCUGAUAUAAACCAAACAAAGGAUAACAAAUCGGAAUCUACUAAAAAAUCUACAAAAGCAAUUGAGAUAGGCAUUCAAAAAACAUCUCAAGCAAAAAAUGAAAAAUAUGUUCCAAGUGCAUCUAUAGGAAGAAUCAGUGUUAAACCUACGGAACAACUUCUAGAAAAAUCACCACAACAGGAGGAACAUUGUAGAAACCCUGUCCAGAAAGUUACAGAAAAAAAUAUAGGAGUCAAAGAUACUGGUAAAAAUAAUGAGAAAUCAUUACCAACACCUAGUAAAAUGUUGGGAUCUCAAGUACAAAAUGCUUCAAAUAUUAUAACCAUUGAAGAUUCUGAUUCAACUAAUUUAACUGACAUUUUUUCUCAAAAUAAUGGAAGAAGUUUAAAUAUUGACAAUACAUCAAGUGAAUUACAAAAUCAAAGACAGUUAAGAUCUGAUGAUUCUCAAAAUAAAGGUAAUGAGUCCACUAUAGAAAAGUCUAAGAGAAACAUACCAAAAACUUCAACAAUUACAGACAAUAUAGAAAUUAUCGAUAUUGAGUUCCAAAGUAAUACUAAGAUGACACCAAUUAAAAAACAAGACCUUAAAAAUACUGUUCAAGAACAAUCUCAUGUUAGACAACUAAGGUCAGAUUCACCACAUAAAAAAGGAAAUAAUUCAAAACCUGUUGAUAUUGAGGAACUUAACAAAAAUAAUGGAAAGUCUAAGAAGCAUUCUCCCAAAACAGCUAAUGAUACUGUUGAGAAUACAGUCUCUUCACCAAUGAAAUCUGAAAACAAAGAAUGUUACAUAGAAAGUAUUGAUGUUGACAGACCCUGUAAAGUAGAUGUAACACCAACUGCUACCAAAACAAAGAAUAUUGCAGUUGUACAGCCAAUGUCAAGACAGUCAAAAGUGGAGUUACCUCAAAAAAAGAUAACUGAGAUAAAAAUCAUAAAUGACAUUCAAAAUCAAAAUAUAAGUAGCCUUGAAGAAGUUACAAAAAGUCCAACAAAACAUAUUGUCACUGACAUUUCUAUUCCUACAGAAUUAGAGUCACAGCCUACAUGUGAAAACACAACUACUUUAGCUACUGUUGCUGUUGGUCGGUUUUACUCAAAUGAUCCACAAACGACCCCACAAACAGGUGUAUCUUCACAAGAACGUCGACAAUUAAGGUCUGAUGAUACAGUUGAUAAGAAUACUAAAACCGAAAAUCUAGAGUUAAAUAAGUUCAAAACAGAUAUGGAUAAAUUGAAAGCAAUUGACAAAACUAUCAGAAAUGAUUCCAUUAAACUAGAAAAAACAAAAAUAAUAUCAAAAGAUAAAAACAAAGAUACAUUAGAUACUAGUACUGUGCAACAAAAGACAGAAUUUCAGAAACAAAUUGAUAGUCCUAUAUCAAAAUCAACAGAACAAUCUGAUCCAAAAAUAUUAAGAUCAAGUACAUUUUCUAUGGAGUCCAAAAAUUCAUCUAAUCAGGUGGUAGAAUCAAAAGUUAAGGUGGUAGAAGCACAAGAAACCUUAAUCAAAAAGAAAUCUAUAGCUUCUGAUAGAAACAUUCAACAGGAACCUAACACAGGUGUUAAAUCUAAAAUAAUCUUAGAAUCAGAGGACAAUACUAUUAAAAAAUAUGGAAGAAAAAUACUUAAAUGCAAAACUAAUUCACCAAGCAGACAAAAAAAAGUGAUAACCAAAAAGUCAAUAAAGAAACCAUCCAAGUCAAUUACAUUUAAAACAAUUACCACAGAAGUUCCAGACUCUCACAUUUUCAUAAAUAAAGAAGUCUCAAAAUCUGACGGUACUUCUACAUCUAAAAAACCAAUAGUAAAGAAAAUUGUACAGACUUUUAAAAAGAUAGCCUCUAAGAAACAGUUGUUGAAGUCCUCAAAUCUUUUAACAAAAAAACAAUCACUAAAAUUGAAGAAAAAACAAUUUGCUGAUUCUCAAAUAACUAGUCAAUCAAGUCUUAUUGUUUAUUCUGCUAGAACUCCUCCUAAAGCUAUUUCUGGUACAUCUGAUAGUUCUCAAGCUAUUACAAAAACAUUAGAAACUCCUCAAAAAGAUACAAACAUUAAAAUAAUUUCUGAUGUUCAAUCAAAUACAGUUUUAGAUAUUAAAAGUCAUAUCUUAAAAACAAAAGAUUGUUCUUCAGAGCUAAAAACUCAGAAAACAAAUGUUCCAAAAAGUGAUCCUUCAAAAUCUGAGAAGAAAACUGAAUCAACAGUUUCUAAUAGAAAUAUUCCUAAUACAAGACCAUCUACUUUAAACAUUUCUCAAGAGCAAUCAGAAAAUUUGGAUCAGACAAAGCCACAUUUUGCUAUUUCUUCCAGCAAAAGUGAUUCUAAAAUUCAAACCAAAACAAAACAUUCAAAAUCCAGUCUGGUUACUUUACAAAAGAAAGAUAAAAUGAAACAGAAAAUGAAUUUGAAAAUAAAUAAGAAGAAAUUAACAAGAAAUCUACUACGCUCAAUAAAAAAGCCAGCUAAAGUUGCUCCAAUUGCAGAUCUAAAAAUUAUUUCCCAAUCAAAUAUUAUAUUGAACUCUAGACGAAGUAUUUCAAAAUCAAAAACACUAGAGGAAGCAUUCAAGGCCAACCAAAAAGAGCUUGAUUAUUCAGAAGUAAUAAAACCAACAGGUCCUUCUACUGAAUCAAAAGUAAGCACCAAUGAAAGUGAAGAUAAUCCAGUUGAUGAAAAUGGAGUUACAGGAAAUGAUAUAAAAAAUAAGCCCCUUAAAAAACAGAAGGUACUCUCCAUAAAGAAAACUGUUGGUUCAAAGAUCGCAGCAAAUAUUAAAAAAACUAGUAUAAAAUUACAGAAUAAAAAGCAUAAUAUAGAGAUCAAAAGGAAAAGAGGCAGGCCAAGGGUAUAUCCCGCAGAAAUAAAAUUAGAUAAAACACCAACUUCAGGCAUCAACUUACAAGUGAGUACAGAAAAAAAUAUUCUUGAUAAGGCUGAUAAUGCAAUAUUAGAAAAAACUAGUGAAGUAAAAAGAAAAAUUGGUAGACCCAAAAAGCAGCAGGGAGAAGCUGUUUUAGGCAAAGAACAGUUAAUUGCAGCAACUGGAGAAAAAGGCCUCAAUGACACUAUGUAUGCUCAGAUACCUAAGUCUGCAGAAAACAGACAAGUGAGUACAGAAAAAGUUACUCUUGAUAAAGCUGAUAUUGCAGUAUUAGAAAAAACUGUUGAAGUAAAAAGAAAAGGUGGUAGACCCAAAAAGCAGCAGGGAGAAGCUGUUUUAGGCAAAGACCAGUUAAUUGCAGCAACUGGAGAAAAAGGCCUCAAUGACACUAUGUAUGCUCAGAUACCUAAGUCUGCAGAAAACAGACAAGUGAGUACAGAAAAAGUUACUCUUGAUAACACUGAUAAUGCAAUAUUAGAAAAAACUAGUGAAGUAAAAAGAAAAAUUGGUAGACCCAAAAAGCAGCAGGGAGAAGCUGUUUUAGGCAAAGAACAGUUAAUUGCAGCAACUGGAGAAAAAGGCCUCAAUGACACUAUGUAUGCUCAGAUACCUAAGUCUGCAGAAAACAGACAAGUGAGUACAGAAAAAGUUACUCUUGAUAAAGCUGAUAUUGCAGUAUUAGAAAAAACUGUUGAAGUAAAAAGAAAAGGUGGUAGACCCAAAAAGCAGCAGGGAGAAGCUGUUUUAGGCAAAGACCAGUUAAUUGCAGCAACUGGAGAAAAAGGCCUCAAUGACACUAUGUAUGCUCAGAUACCUAAGUCUGUCGAAAACAGACAAGUGAGUACAGAACAAGUUACUCUUGAUAAAGCUGAUAAUGCAGUAUUAGAAAAAACUGUUGAAGUAAAAAGAAAAGGUGGUAGACCUAAAAAGCAGCAAGUAGAAGCUGUUUUAGACAAAGAACAGUUAAUUGCAACAACUGGAGAAAAAUACUUCAAUGACACUAUGUCUGCAGAAAGCAAAAAAGAAAAAGUAGCAACGAAAAAAAUAAAGGAAGAAAUUAUCAGUGACUUAAAUGAAAAGCCUCAGCUAAAUGAAGAUUGUUUAAAGAAAAUGCGAGGUAAGCCAAAGAAACAACUUCAAGAUGUAACUUUAGGUGAAACACAAGUUUCUUUGGUAGAAAAAGAAGAGAACAUUGAUCAUGAAACUAUUUCCCAACAAACAAAUGAAAGAGAUAGUAUCAAAAAGAAAAAAGGUAGGCCAAAGAAACAGCAGCUAGAUAUUAUUAUAGAUAAAGAGAAUUCUAAUGAGGAACAUACAGAAACUCAUAGAAUUGUACAGUUAAAGGAAACAGAUAAUACAAAGAAACCAAGAAGUGGACCAAAAAAAAUAUCACUAGAUAAUACUUUGACUAAAACUCUAGUUACAGAAAUAUUACUAAAAGAAGAAAUCAUUGACAAUGAAAAUAGAGAAGAAUUGAAUAAGACAGAUAACUCAACAAACCAACUUAUUGAAAUGUCAGUAUUGGACAACACACAAGUUAAAGCAUUUGGGGAUGAAAAUAAAAUUAUGAAUUCUUCUGAAAUUGAUAUGGUUAAGAAAAAACCUGGCAGACCAAAAAAACAAACCCAAAUUAUGUUAGAUAACAGACAACUAGAAUUUACAAAUGUACAAAAAAUUGUUAAUAACAAAAAUUCUACCAAAAUUUCAGUAUCAGCGAAAGAGAAAGAUCAGACAGAAGAUAUUUUGAAUGAUACUAAAAAUUCAGAUAUUCAAAUACAAAGACUAGAAAUAUCUAACAUUAAAAAUACAAAGCAUGCAAAUGCUGAAAAUAUAGUUGUAGAGAGUAUCAAAAAUGAGAACAUCAAGAGAAAGCUUGGUCGACCUAAGAAAGUAAAGGUAGGAGACAGCCUAGAUGAAACAACUGUUUUGGAAGUCCAAUCAUGCCAAGGAAUAACUAAUGAUAAAAAUGAAGUCUCACAAUCUACAGAAUUUUCAGAUAAGGAGAAAAACAAAUUGGAUAAUUUAAUAACAAAUACUAACAAAUCAAAUAAGGAUCAGACUACUGUUAUCUGUGCAGAAGUAAAGAAAAAAAGAGGACGUCCAAGUAAGCUGCCUACUGAAUUAAAAUUGGAUUUAGCGGAAGCAGAUCAAGAACAAAAAACAAAAAAACCAAAAAUGUCAGGAAUGGAAAACAACAAUUUACAGAUCGAUUUGAAAGUAAAUGAAAAGACAGCAGAUAAAAAUACUGUCAAUAAAAAGAAGCAUGUACAGAAAACACAAGAAGAUCUGGAUAUCAUAAUGAUUGUACCUGAAAAGAGAAACAAAAAGCAGAUCAACACUCCAUUGAAAACUUUACGGUCAAGUGUAAAUCAAACUGAAAAAGAAAGGGCAGUAAAUAUCGCCCAACCUGUUGUGGAGAAGGUGGUAGCUUUAAUACAUAGUGAACCUAGACCCAAACAACAUUCUGAUGCUUCCGAAAUCACUUCAAAUCAUAUUGAAGACACAAAGGAAAGUAAAACUAGAGUACUGAGAUCACAAAAUGUAAAAGAGAUUGAUAGUAUUUAUGAAGUUAAAGAAGAUACUAAAAAGUCAAGACUAGCCAAAGAACACAAAAUUGCCAAAAAGAAGAAAGGCGUUUCGGAAAAGAGUAAAAAUAUUAUUAAAAAUAAGACAAAGUUAUCCAAAGCGUUUGCAGGAAAUAAAGAAGCUACCAAAAAGAAAAUUUUAAAGACUGACAUCAUUGACAAGUCGAAGUUGAAAAAAAUGUCCAACAAAUCAAAACAAAAAGUACUAAAACAAAUCACGAAAAAGUUACAGAAUUCAAAAAAUAAGAACAUUCUUAAAAGGCCUUCCAGAACAAACAAAUCUUCUUUCAAUAAAAAGAGAUCUUUAGACUGGGACAACAACGAUAUUAUCGAAAGAAUCAUACAAGAAAUUAGAAACACACUCUUUAAAGAGGAAUCGAAAAUUAUAAGGAAGAAAAUCAAACAAAAGAAAAUAGCACUCAAGACACAAAAGAAAAAAAAUACAAAACCUGAAAGGAUUAAGAGGGAAGCCUUUUUAGCUGCUAAGAAGAAAAUGAUGCAGACGAAAGCAGCUUUGAAACAAAAAUUACGGAAUGCCAAAAAUGACGAGAACACAUCGGGCGGAUCUGAAUCGAAAGAGAAUCACCCCCCUAAGAAAGAAAUACAACAAUUAGAAGAGGAGAAAAAUUAUUGUAAGAAUGACGAGAUAUUAGUCGUCACGACGCAAGAAGAUGACAUUAUGAUAAAAGAUGAGACUAGUUUUCAGUCGGAUGUUACAAACCAGAUGAAUAAAACAAAUAAAUGCAAGAAACCAGAGUCAGUCGAAAAGAAGCGAAGAAGUUAUAGAAGUACACUUGUAAGUAGACACAUGGCAGCUAUGGCUAUUGGUGAUGAUAAAGAAGACGAAAAUAUCGACCUUAAGAAAAAUGAUAUUACUGUCUUUGAUUUCGAUGAGUCUGAACCAGAAGUUACGCCUUUAAGGCACAAAAGUGUCCCGAAAUUGAACGAUUUCGACACACCGCUUUCCGAAAGUAGACACAAGAAAACGUCAAAAAUAGAACUAAAAUCUUCUACACCAAUUAAUUCUUAUGCCACGAGUAAUUCACAAAAAAGUUCAAUAUUUGGAAGUAGUAGGAAGCCAGGUCCUGCUACUUCUGUAACAGAAAAUGAGAUAAUUGAAAUCCCUGAAUCAUCUGUAAGUCUUAUAGAACGAAAUCCGUCAGAUUCUCAGGGGCAUUCGUCUAAGAUCAAAAUUUUAAAACAAGAUCGCUUAUACUCUGAGAUUCUGGUAUAUCCCGACGAAGAAGAAGAAAUACCCAAGGAUAAGCUCGUAAGUAUCGAAAAAGAAAAUCCAGUAAAUGCUGAAAAAGAAUACAGCAGUCCAGAAGGUAACGAAAUGCCCUGUCAAGAAUUGAUUUCGAAGCGCCGCAAAUUGCUCGUACCGUACAUCGACGACCACGGCAAACCUAAAAAGCUUUGGUCGGUCAUAGAAACUCCUCGUGUGCCAGAUACUCCACCGAGACCUAUAACCCCUCGACAAGCUUUGUCAUCUCCUCGCAGUGUACGUAGAUCUGACAGUCUCGAAAUGUUUAAGCCGAGUACUUCUGUUGUAAAGCCUGCAGAAUCUGAUUCUCCGGAAGAAAAGAAAUCCCCCUUGAAGCAGCCGACAAUUAUAGAAAUGUUCAGUAAGGUAUGGAUGAAAAAAGAGUUACCUAUAAAAAACUUGUCGGAAGACAAUAAUUCUAAGACGGAAGAGUCGAUAUUCCAAAGGCCUAUUACUCCCGAGGUUAACGUUACAGCACCAAGCCCUAGAAGAGAUAGGGGCGACGAUGAAGACAGCGACACUGAAAGUCGUGCCGAAUGGAUCCCUGAAGAAUAUGCAGAAUACAAAUUCAAGUACUCCGCCAGCAAAAUGAUGCAGUACAAGCCGAUUUUCAAGUGCAAGAUAUGUAUGAUGGUAGUACCUUCUUAUUACAAACUACUGAAGCAUAGAAAGGAACACGAGAACAAUGACAAGCCCUAUAAAUGCCCUCAGUGUUCAUCUAAUUUCUCGAACGUUGUUGAUUUCUCCGCUCAUCUGAGACUACAUAAGGAUUUAAAUUCAAAUUAUUACCAAAUUUAA